AUGAUGUCGCCUGACACAUUGCAUGCUUACCUAGAGCGGCUGAGGAAGGUUCUGACGUCAUCAGAACCAGCUAAUAACGUCGCGACACAGCGAGUGGACAAGACGGUGACCAAGACAAGUGUAGCGUCCGCCGACCUUGCAAAGCUGGAGGGCGUUUGUAAAGCUGCCGUGCGGAGCUUUACAGAGAAGGUGAGCACCAAUGCUCUUCCUCUCUCAGAGGAGUCGAACCGCCAAAAAGCAAAACAGCAGGAGCAGGAAGAGCUUCCUCAGCGUAUGGAAACGGUCGUUGCGGUUCUUCUCGACGAGCUCGCGCGCGCCACCGCAGAUGUGCGCUCCCUAAAGGCGUCUCUUGCCCAAAGCACAGCCCUCACCGAACCUUCACCGGCUCGAAACUUGUCGGUGGAGCUGAAUGAGCUUCGCAGAAAACUCAACCGGAAAGAAUUGGAGGUGGAAACGCUUCAGCAACAAAACUUUGACGCGAACCGCCAGACAAAACAGCUCUCUCGCAGGCUCGAAGAGGUGGUUUUCUCGUACGGCGAGGUAGCGCAUGACAUGCUGCGGUCCCAAUACCGCGAAUACGCGUCACUGCGGAGCUUGUUUCUCCCAGCGCUCUGCGGUGAGGUGCCUCUCGACAGUUCGACAGCCACCGAGGCAUCUUUUGCUGCGAGCAGCUCAUUCGAUGGAAUACGCGAGGCCCGUCCCACGAGCUAUUCACAGGUCCCCUCUAGUGGCAUGCAGAAGCUGGUCAUCUCUACUGCUCAUUUGGAGGCAAUCCAAGCCCUCGAGCAGGAACGCAGUGCUGCACGCGAGAGACAACGCGAGCUCGAGGAGGUGAUGAAGGAGUUAGAGGUCCUAAGACAGGAGCGCGAUGAAGAGAUCGCCAACCUAAAGUACAACUUUCUCGCAGCCGAGGAGGCGUGGGAGAGGGACAUGGCCAUUCUUCAAGCGAAGCUGUCUGCAGUGCAAUCUGCUGUUCCGCAAGGGGUGGACCUGCUAUCCAACGCUUUGCUGACAAACAAUACCACCGAGAAGUCCGGCAUCGCCCAGAAGCUUACAUCUACGCCGUUGCAUGAUACUGCUGCGCCUGUAGACGUUCCAGAGAGCCCCCUCAUCGUGGCACAGAUGGCCGUCAAAAGGCAGGAACGACUUAAAGAGCUGGCAACACUUUUGGGAACGACCCCAAGCGAGACGAGCCUUGAGGAUGAUGUCGCCUACCAACGCCUCCAGGACUUCUACACAUGGGCACGUGAGGUUGUAGCUCCUCUUAGUACAACUUCCUCAUUUGAAGGAUCACUGCUAGACAUGAUCACCAGCAUUGUCCACGCCUACCAGGCAGUGUUGCAGCAGGCAUCCACCAUCUACACCGAUGCCACAUCAAGCAAAGACGACAGUUCACUCAAUCUGGCUGACAUUAUGAAAAACGAGCACGACCAACUCGAAAAGCUUUGGAAAAUCAUAGACGAACACUUGCUAACUCAAGAACUUCGCAACGCGCUUGUGAGCAGUACUCCACAGCCACUAGAAGAACGUGCGGCUCUCUCUUUUUCUUCCCCACCAACCGUCGCGGAACUCGACCAACUCCCGCCACUCAUACAACAUGUGAGCUCCAAUGCAGCACUCUAUUUCCAGCUGCAGCUGCGGAGUGGUGAAAUACCAUUGGCUCUCUAUAUUCAGCAUCUCGAAAACAAAUUGGAGCAACUAGAGCAAACACUUCAGCAAAAUGACGUACAACAAAAAAUAAUCGAGGACCGUUCAGCAACGCACCAGCCACUCCCGCAAAACACUUCACCACAUAACGACCCUAUUCACCUCCGAGGCUCUUUGCCGGACGUGGAGGCGUCGCCGUCGGAGCCCUGCGGUGCUGUGAUUGCGCGCGCCGCCGCCGGUGCUGCGGAGCGCGAGCGAGUGCUGCGCGCGGACCUCGCUGCCGCGGAGGAGCGCCAGCAGGCGGUGGAGAGCCGGCUGGAGGCGGCGAGGACGGAGCAGGAGCGGGUGGAGGCGGACCGCGAGGAGCUGCGGGAGGGCGUGGCCGACGCGCUGGAUGCGCUAGGCGUGGAGGCGUCGCCGUCGGAGCCCUGCGGUGCUGUGAUUGCGCGCGCCGCCGCCGGUGCCGCGGAGCGCGAGCGAGUGCUGCGCGCGGACCUCGCUGCCGCGGAGGAGCGCCAGCAGGCGGUGGAGAGCCGGCUGGAGGCGGCGAGGACGGAGCAGGAGCGGGUGGAGGCGGACCGCGAGGAGCUGCGGGAGGGCGUGGCCGACGCGCUGGCUGCGCUAGGCGUGGAGGCGUCGCCGUCGGAGCCCUGCGGUGCUGUGAUUGCGCGCGCCGCCGCCGGUGCCGCGGAGCGCGAGCGAGUGCUGCGCGCGGACCUCGCUGCCGCGGAGGAGCGCCAGCAGGCGGUGGAGAGCCGGCUGGAGGCGGCGAGGACGGAGCAGGAGCGGGUGGAGGCGGACCGCGAGGAGGUCUUACAGUUGCGUCAUGUUGCCUCUUGCGAGGAUGCACUGGCUUGUGCUACGGAGGAGCGAGACGCUCUAAUUCGAACCGUUGGUGUUUGCUGCGAAUCGCUGUGUAGCGCAAUUUCCUCUACCACACUAGGAAAGCCGAGCUUUCGGCCAGGUACUGCAACGAUACUGACGUGUGAUGAGGCGACGUCGGCUCUCACAGACUUGACGACUCUUACGAGCAACAUCUUGCACAAGUACGCACACACGAUGAGGCAAGCGUUAGCUUUACUGACGCCGCUUGUGGGCGUUCCAUCGAACACGUCAACCGCAGCGUCUUCCGUUGAGGUGCUAGCCCAUGUCAUGGAGGCUGUGCAGAUCCUUGUCGAGCAGAUGGAGCGGUGUCAGCUGCAAGUGUUACUGACGCGAAAGCCAAAUGAAGACGACGUAAAAGCGAGAGACUGGAGGCAAGACCAGUUCCCCGCUCUAUGUGAACGGAGCGAGGAAGGGGGGCUCCCACUGGUAGACAAGCAUGAGGCGCAAGCGACUCUUGAGGCAAAGGUAGCGCCUCCGCAACCAAACUGGGUGAGUGUGGCGGAGGUGUGGACCAGACCCACUGGGGCCGUUGGCCCCACCGUGAGGGCACGUGACGGCUCUGGGUUACAACACGCUGAUGUAGCCGAAGUGCUUCCGCUCAUGCGACAAGCGACUUUACUGGGGCUUUCUACUACCGCACAGGAGGCGCUGCAAAGUCGCCUUUCUGUGAUACUUGGCGCCUGCGAGCGUUGUACCGUUCGAAACUGCUGUGUUGAAGCGACGGUAGCUCGAAAGUCACUGGAGAUCGACGAGCUGCUUGCCGCUGUCAGAGCCGACGAGGAUAGCCUGGAAAAGAUAAGGGCGCUGGUGAACGAGGGUAAACAGUUAAAUACCACGAUGGAUGUGGCGUGCGAAGCACGUGGGCAGCCUGUGACGCAAGCAGAACACGUCGCCACUCGCGAACAAGAGGAGGAAUUCGACAAUGGUGUGCGAGAAGCGGUGGGCUUGGUGUCCUGUGUGAGAGCUGCGACUGGCGAGGCCAAGAGGCUGGGGGAGGAGGUAAUGCUCGCGCAAUGUUGCAUUGAAGACAUGCAGGUUCGUCUCAACAGAGCGGGGGAGCGCAAAGCAUUUCAUGUCGAGGAUGACGGUGUGCGCCUUGAGGCGGUGGGGCGGGCAUGCUCUCUCGAGGAGGCGCUGCACGUCGUCGCCGCUGACUGCCUUGAGUGCGCGAAGAGGUCCCUGGAGUCCAAGGAGGCGUGUCGCCGCUGCGAAAUCGUGCAGGAUUGGGCCGUCAUGAUGGCUGGAGUCUCGGUGCGGCUUCACGCGGAGGUGAUGAUCCUGCAGUCCCGCGUGGUCGACCUCAAGGCGGCGGUACUGGAGUCGGAGACCCGAGAAAGCAGCCUAUUGCAGCGCCUCAACGCCUUGCUACUGUCCUCGGGGCCACUAAAGACGGCUGUGGCUGCGGUGGCGCCCUCGCACAAGUGCGAUCUUGAAUCUCUCGAGGAUGUUGCAAUCGCCAUGCACGCUGCCGCGCAACUUGUGCGCCGUCAAGAAGGGGACAUCGAUAAGUUGCUGGCUUGCAGUGAGAAGCUGAAGAGCGACGUCGACGAUCUCAAUGACAGGUUACGUGGCGUACUGGAGGAGCGUCACGUAUCAAAAUCGUCCUUGGUCUCACUGGAGGAGACCCAUGGCAGGUUGCAGUGCCGCAUGGGAAAGCUGGAGCGACAGGUCUACGACACCUUUUCAACCGUAGAGCGGCUAACAACAGCCGUCCUGGGUGAGGGCGAGUCGCGGCGACUCGACAAGGGUACGCCGGCGGACUGCUUGGAUGGAAUAGUGUACCUCAGCGAUGUACUCGUCUCUAGAGCAGAAGAGUGCGAUACUGUCAAAGCGCAGCUGUUUGCCUGGAAGGCCGAGGCCCGCGACCGCGAGGAGUCCCACCUGCGGACCACCGCGUCCCUGUCGACCCUGUGGAAGGCGUUUCGCACGACUCUCCUCCCUCAGCUGGUAGACGAAUCAGCAGACUGCCGCGGUGGUUGUGGGGUGGCGGUUGCUUCGUCUGACCCCGUUGAGUUCCUCCCGAGCGAAUCGGAGGCGCGCCAGGCGGUUGAGGUGGUUGUCGACACUGCCGACCGACUGCGCUGUGCACAUGAUGAUCUGCAAGCUGUGUACGCUGUCCUUCGUGGCCACUUUGGCGGGGACGCUGCUUCUGCUGUCACUGACGGGACUGGGGCGCCACAAGCAUCAGUGCUGUCGCUUCGCGACAAUAGCACAACUUUUCGGCACUUCGACGACACCGUAAAGGCGACGCUCCGUCUCGUCAACACUGUAGUAAAUGCCAAGUGUUCCUCCAUGAGGGACUUUAUUGAUCACGUUGUCUCCGAUGUACUGCGAGACACGCCGGGGUGUUCACAGAUUUCGUUUGCAGCUCUUCGCCCCGGCGCCUUUGUGGAAUGGCUUCACGGUUUGCUGGCUAGUCUUCGAACGCUGCGGGACAGCAGCGAUCGGCACCACAAUCGGGCUCGCUGCCUGCCUGCCUUCAUGGACGCCUUGGUGGAAACUAUUCAUAGCUACGGUGGACGAGUGGACGUGACGUCUACUGGCGCUACCGACGUUCUCACCAGUGCGGACGCGACAGUGCCGUACCGCCACGACCUUGCCGCCGUACUUGAGGAUUGGCAGGCACGGGAGCAGACAGCAAUCGUUCACGGCCUGCAGACGCUGCUGCGACGGCAAGAGGAACGUGUUCGCACUCUCACAGCCGAGUGGCAAGACGUGACGGCACAGUACCAGAGGCUGUCCCAGGAACAGGCCGCUGCGGAGGAGAUGGUCAUGGAGCUGCGUCGACGUGUACAGUUUAAAGUGCAGGAGGAUUACAAGCUCGAGGAGAGUCUUCGUGAACUUGACAGCCACCUGGAUCAACAGGCGCGCGAGCUCGCCAUGAAGUACUGCGCUGAUCAGGAUGCCAUUGUGCGGCGCUUCACGGUGCUGAGAGAUCAAAUUCACGCAACAAUGCGCCCAACAACGCAGCUGACGGCAUCUGUCAUGUUGCCCCAAACACCACGCCGCGGCACCACGACCCCGCAUAGUUAG